UUUUUGUAUUACUAAUACUAUUCAUCAUUUUUUCCUCUCUCUCAUCUAAUCGGAAUCUUCACCAGUUAAUGUCAACUUUGAGCAGAUAAGACUGGUGGAUGUGUCACCACUUUUAUUCGACCAUUAACAUUCUUAUUAUUCGAGGAAUUUAGAAAAUACUUUGUGGUAGAAGUUCCCAAUAUUUAGAGCUUUACAAUAAUUGGCAAAUGGGGUCUGAAGGUCCUCCAGCGGCAAUCACAACAGUUCAUGUAACAGGUUUCAAGAAAUUCCAUGGUGUUUCGGAAAAUCCAACCGAGACGAUUGUGAAUAAUUUGGCAGAGUACAUGAAGAAGAAGGGUUUGCCGAAAGGCUUAGUCCUUGGGAGCUGCAACAUUCUUGAGACUGCUGGUCAAGAAGCACUUGUUCCCCUGUACCAGACAUUGCAAUCUGCUAUUACCGCCAGGGAUUCGGAUUCCCAAUCUUCGAGUUCCAACAAAAUUAUUUGGCUGCAUUUAGGAGUAAACAGUGGUGCAACAAGGUUUGCUAUUGAGAAGCAAGCUGUAAAUGAGGCUACUUUCCGUUGCCCCGAUGAAAUGGGAUGGAAGCCGCAGAGAGUCCCCAUUAUUCCUUCAGAUGGUCCAAUUUCACAAAUCCGCACAACUUCCCUUCCUGUGGAGGACAUCACCAAGGCCUUGGCAAAGAAGGGUUACGAUGUGAUGACAUCUGAUGAUGCCGGAAGGUUCGUGUGCAACUAUGUUUACUAUCAUUCCCUCCGAUUCGCUGAGCAGAAUGGGACCAAGUCCCUAUUUGUGCAUGUGCCACUCUUCUUUACAAUCAAUGAAGAGACCCAAAUGCACUUUGUCGCUUCCUUGCUAGAGGUACUUUCUUCCAUAUGUUAGUACCAUCCAAGCGCAUAUGGUUUGUUCAGGUGUUGUAAAGCUUAUUGAUGGUGGAUGAGUGUAACUCUGAGUGAAAUAUUCUUAUAGUAUGAUAUUGUUUUCGAAUGGAAAAAACGGUUUAUGAAAAUGGUAUAAGCAGCAGUGGCAAUUGCUUUCACCAUUAAAUGUUUCUUAUUCAAAGAAGCCUUUGAGAAGUGUCAAGACAAUUUGGCACCUGCAGUGUUACCCUGUGAAUAAAUGUUCAUUUUCCUUAA